AUCACAAUUGCUCGUUAGUGAGUCAUAUUCGUAAAUUUAUUGUCUCACAUUUGCCACUGUUCGUUUUAUGUAUAUAACUGUUUUAAUAUAUUUGUAAUCAUGUCUUUAAAUUAAUUGUAACGGGCAGGUCAGAAAAUCCUAGGAACUUUAUACCGUCCGUUGUUUCCAGAGGAGCGUUUCAAAGACGGACGGUUGUAGCCAGCGUGUGAUUUUUUUCUUUUGUCACAGUUGUCACUUAAGUUUUUAAACGAUUACCGGCAAUGACGAGCCUUAUAAAGUAAGCGGAAAAUAUAUAGUAUAUUUGCGGCUUGUAACACACGUCUAAGUAAUUUAGACGAAUGCGUUUUUGUAAAAUCAUUAGCGCUAGUUCGUGCCGUGCGCUUGUUUUUUGUCGUACCGUCAUGAGUGACGUGUAACUGAACUCACGAAUAUCUCUAAUCAUACAUAAGGAGCAUGAAAUUGGUUUAUUAUUAGGCUUUACGGAUGCUGGAGUGAUUAGCGUUGUUGGUUAUGAAAGAAAUCAUACAAGCCGAGCACUAGGAAGAAUGGGAUUUAAAGUUGCAAGUCAUUUGUGAUGGAAAGAGACACUGUUGCAAACUAGAAAUUUGAUUUUAACAUGUAGAUGACAUCGUCUCAAGCUCAAGGCUGAAAUAUUGUGAAGAUUUUGCGAUCUGCUUGCGUGGUACAGCGUUGCACUGAAAGGCACAAGGAUGAUGUACUCUUCUCGGAGAAAACCUGUGCUGUAUUUCAAAGAUGAUAGAAGUUUUCUGUCGAGGAAAUGCACCGUCUGGAAGCUCUUCGGCCUCGGCAUGCUGUUUGUUUUGGGGUCCCUUCUUUGGGUGCAGCUGACUUGUUCAGGAGACAUGAGCCAGACUGCUGGGUACAGUCACCUCCCUCAUCAGCCCUGUCCUGUAGAGAGACAGUCCUCUGUUGAUGACCCAUCCUGGGGCCCUCACAAAAUGGCCCUCAUCGUGCCAUUCAGAGAGCGCUUUGAAGAGCUGCUUGUAUUUGUCCCUUAUAUGCACGCUUUCCUCAACAAGAAGAAAAUACGGCAUAAAAUAUUUAUUGUAAACCAACUGGAUCACUUUCGGUUCAAUCGGGCCUCUCUUAUUAACGUUGGCUAUACGGAAAGCGGUAAUGACACAGACUACAUUGCAAUGCACGAUGUGGACUUGUUGCCUGAAAAUGAAGAUCUGGACUAUGGAUUCCCAAAGGAGGGACCUUUCCAUGUGGCCUCGCCAGAGCUUCAUCCCUUAUAUCAUUAUAAGACGUAUGUGGGAGGAAUCCUGCUGCUUACCAAGAAACAUUAUCAGCUGUGCAAUGGGAUGUCAAAUCGCUUCUGGGGAUGGGGAAGAGAAGAUGAUGAGUUUUUCAGAAGACUCAAAACAGCUGAUCUUAAGCUUUUUAGGCCAACGGGUAUUACUACAGGGACUAAAACAUUUAGACACAUCCAUGAUCCAGCCUGGAGGAAGAGAGAUCAGAAGCGCAUCGCUGCACAAAAGCAGGAGCAGUUUAAGGUGGAUCCAGAGGGUGGCCUGACUAACCUCCGCUACAAGGUGGAGUCCAGAAAGGAAAUGACCAUCAGCGGAGCUCCAUGUACUGUCAUCAACACCUUUCUAGAGUGUGACCUCAACGAGACCCCAUGGUGCCAGUCCAGCUAAUAUGCUUAAACAGGAUGUGUAAAAGCCAGAAUGACACACAUUCUCCUUCUGUGACGGCAGGAAGGCUUUCACAGAUGGUUGGUGCCAGUCACACUUGAAAACCAAAAGGACUUGAAUAUGUGACUGUGGGGAAAGAACUUUUCUCUAAGCUUUUAUUUUUAUAGGACAGUGUUGUUGACUUCAUCCAUGAUGAAGCGCUGCCUCGUUUUUGAACCGAACUAUGGACCAACGUCAGGUACUGCACUGAGUUUGCAUCAUCAAUAUUUCAACUACGAGCAUCCAAAUGUUUUUAACGAUGAGUUUUAUAAUAUUUUAGUUGUAGCAGUGGCCUGUUUUGGACUGUUUCUCUUAGUGCAAUUGUGAGUAUUUGCUCAGCCAUGUCUUGACAGAAUUGUUUCUUCAAAAUCAUGUCUUGAAAAAGACAAUGUUAUAUAUAUGGAAGGGUUUUAAGGGUACUUGGAUUGUAUUUGCACAUUAUUCAGUAUUUAUAUAAAAACAAAGGUUUCCUAAUUUCAGUCUUUGUACUUUCUCCCAUGUUUCAAAAUGCAUGGAAUGCUGUUACGAUGCUUACACUCACAGGAUUAUAUAUAGAUCUUAUGAACUGGAGGCAUGAAGCUAUAUCCAAAAAACAGAAAACAUCUUGCAGCGCAAAGGUUAAUAAAAUUUGGAAACGACAUACUUUUUAUUGGCAGUGCCUGAAAUUAAACUGUGAAUCAGUACUCUGUCCAAACUGAGGUGUUAUUGUGCCUGUGGCAACAAACUGGGGCACAACUGCAGAGAACAUGUUUGCCAAAAAAAUAAAGAGAA